ACUUAAUAAAAGAGGAGGUGAAAUUACAUUUAUUUAAUUGGACGUCUAACCCUAGAAAUAAUCCUAUUAACUUAACUUCACAGUGGGAGAAACAAUACACCCCAAAAGUAGGGAUAUCAAAAUUAAUCUAUAAUCCAGUGACUUCACCUAUAUUAAUACAAGAA